CUGUCAGCGGCGGCGGCGGUGGCGGCGGCCGUCAGUGUGCGCCGAGGAGAAGCCCGAAACGGACCCGUUUGGCUCUCCCUCUUCCCCUUCCCCCGGUCCGAAGCUUCUUCUCGCUGGACUCACCGGGAGUCAAUUCUCCACUCCGCAGAGCUGUUCCCUGCCACUCCGCCGCCCUCCUCGUCGCUCGGCCGGGUGGGAAGUGACUGCCCUCGAGGAGGAGGAGGAGGAGGCAGCGGCUGCCGCCCUCGCCUCGCCGCCCCCGGUUCGGUGCCCGCGGAUCCCGGAGAGGAGGUGCCGCCGCCACCGCCGCUCCCCCCCUCCCGCUGCCCUCGGGCCGGGCUGGGUCGAGCUGCGAUGCCCUCGGACUUCAUCUCAUUGCUCAGCGCGGACCUAGACCUGGAAUCGCCCAAGUCCCUGUACUCGCGAGAUUCUCUGAAGUUACACCCAUCACAGACUUUUCAUAGAGCUGGACUAUUGGAAGAAUCUGUCUAUGAUCUUCUCCCAAAGGAGUUACAGUUACCUCCACCUAGAGAAACAUCUGUAGCAUCAAUGAGUCAGACAAGCGGUGGUGAGGCAGGCUCGCCUCCUCCAGCUGUAGUUGCUGCCGAUGCUUCUUCAGCUCCCUCCUCUUCCUCCAUGGGCGGUGCUUGCAGCUCCUUUACCACCUCUUCCAGCCCUACCAUUUAUUCUACCUCAGUCACCGACAGCAAGGCUAUGCAAGUGGAGAGCUGCUCCUCAGCCGUGGGGGUAAGUAACAGAGGGGUAAGUGAAAAGCAGUUAACCGGUAACACAGUUCAGCAGCAUCCAUCAACCCCGAAGAGGCACACAGUUUUGUACAUCUCACCACCACCUGAGGACUUGCUGGAUAACAGUCGGAUGUCCUGCCAGGAUGAGGGGUGUGGAUUGGAAUCUGAGCAGAGCUGCAGUAUGUGGAUGGAGGAUUCCCCCUCCAACUUCAGUAACAUGAGCACCAGUUCCUACAAUGAUAACACUGAGGUACCUCGUAAAUCACGAAAACGAAAUCCAAAGCAGAGGCCGGGGGUCAAACGACGAGAUUGUGAAGAAUCUAAUAUGGAUAUAUUUGAUGCCGACAGUGCCAAAGCACCUCACUAUGUGCUUUCUCAGCUUACCACGGACAACAAAGGCAACUCAAAAGCUGGAAAUGGAACAUUGGACAGCCAAAAGGGAACUGGAGUAAAGAAGAGCCCUAUGUUGUGUGGACAGUAUCCGGUUAAAAGUGAGGGGAAGGAGCUGAAGAUAGUGGUACAGCCUGAAACCCAACACCGAGCCCGGUACCUGACAGAGGGCAGCCGAGGCUCUGUAAAAGAUAGAACACAGCAAGGCUUUCCUACGGUGAAGCUGGAAGGCCAUAAUGAACCAGUGGUGUUGCAGGUAUUUGUGGGCAAUGAUUCUGGUCGAGUAAAGCCACACGGAUUCUAUCAGGCCUGUAGAGUAACUGGGCGGAAUACAACUCCCUGCAAAGAAGUGGACAUUGAAGGCACCACUGUUAUAGAAGUUGGUCUUGAUCCUAGCAACAACAUGACACUUGCGGUGGACUGUGUUGGAAUAUUGAAGCUGAGGAAUGCUGAUGUUGAAGCCAGAAUUGGAAUUGCUGGAUCUAAGAAAAAGAGCACUCGUGCCAGAUUGGUUUUUCGAGUUAAUAUCACGAGGAAAGAUGGCUCUACCCUGACAUUGCAGACACCUUCUUCCCCCAUUUUAUGCACUCAGCCAGCAGGAGUUCCUGAGAUCUUAAAGAAAAGCUUGCAUAGCUGUUCAGUGAAAGGAGAGGAAGAAGUAUUUUUAAUUGGGAAGAACUUUCUGAAAGGAACUAAAGUUAUUUUCCAGGAAAAUGUUUCUGAUGAAAACUCUUGGAAAUCAGAAGCUGAAAUUGACAUGGAGUUAUUCCAUCAGAACCAUCUUAUUGUAAAGGUUCCUCCGUAUCAUGACCAACAUAUAACUUUGCCUGUAUCAGUGGGAAUAUAUGUUGUGACCAAUGCUGGAAGAUCUCAUGAUGUUCAGCCAUUUACGUACACUCCAGAUCCAGCAGCUGGUGCUUUGAAUGUAAAUGUGAAAAAGGAGAUAUCUAGUCCAGCAAGACCUUGCUCUUUUGAAGAAGCCAUGAAAGCAAUGAAAACGACUGGAUGUAACGUAGAUAAGGUGACUAUCCUUCCUAAUGCCCUGAUCACUCCACUCAUAUCAAGUAGUAUGAUUAAGACUGAAGAUGUUACUCCAAUGGAAGUAACAUCAGAGAAAAGAUCUUCCCCAAUUUUUCAGACUACAAAGAGCGUUGGAUCAACCCAGCAAACCUUAGAAACUAUUUCUAACCUAGCAGGAAGUGCACCCUUUUCAUCACCGUCAUCUUCCCAUUUAACUCCUGAAAAUGAAAGUCAGCAGCAGCUUCAGCCCAAGGCGUACAACCCAGAGACCCUGACAACUAUCCAAACACAGGACAUCUCACAGCCCACUUUCCCUGCAGUUUCUGCUUCUAGUCAGCUGCCCAGCGGCGAUGCACUAAUGCAGCAAGCAACACAGUUUCAGACAAGAGAAACCCAGUCCAGAGACACAAUACAGUCAGAUGCAGUGGUUAACUUGUCACAGUUGACUGAGGCAUCACAGCAACAGCAAUCCCCACUACAAGAACAAGCACAGACGUUACAGCAGCAGAUAUCAUCAAAUAUUUUUCCAUCGCCAAACAGUGUGAGCCAGCUCCAGAGUACUAUUCAGCAGCUGCAAGCAGGAAGUUUCACGGGCAGCACUGCUGGAGGCAGCAGUGGAAGCGUUGACUUGGUCCAGCAGGUUUUAGAGGCACAACAGCAGUUAUCGUCUGUUCUGUUUUCUACUCCAGAUGGGAAUGAGAAUGUUCAAGAACAGCUUAAUGCAGACAUUUUCCAAGUCAGUCAAAUUCAAAAUAGUGUAAGCCCUGGAAUGUUUUCUUCAGCAGAGUCUGCGGUUCACACCAGACCAGAUAACUUACUACCUGGGAGGGCUGACAGCGUCCAUCAACAGACUGAAAAUACACUGUCUAAUCAGCAGCAGCAGCAACAGCAGCAGCAGCAAGUGAUGGAAUCAUCAGCUGCAAUGGUGAUGGAGAUGCAGCAGAGCAUUUGUCAAGCAGCCGCCCAGAUCCAGUCAGAGCUGUUUCCUUCAGCUGCUUCAGCAAGUGGAAGCCUUCAGCAGUCUCCAGUCUACCAGCAGUCUUCUCACAUGAUGAGUGCACUGCCUACCAAUGAGGACAUGCAAAUGCAGUGUGAGUUGUUCUCUUCUCCCCCUGCAGUCUCUGGAAAUGAAACUUCCACAACCACCACACCACAGGUUGCAACCCCUGGCUCCACGAUGUUUCCAACACCAAGUUCAGGAGAUGGAGAAGAAACUGGGGCACAGGCAAAGCAGAUUCAGAACAGUGUCUUUCAGACAAUGGUCCAAAUGCAGCACAGUGGGGACAGCCAGCCUCAAGUAAACCUCUUUUCAUCUACAAAAAAUAUAAUGAGUGUUCAGAAUAAUGGUACCCAGCAACAAGGGAAUAGCUUGUUCCAGCAAGGGAGCGAGAUGAUGUCACUUCAGUCUGGGAACUUUUUGCAGCAGUCCUCUCAUUCACAAGCUCAGCUCUUUCAUCCUCAAAAUACUAUUGCUGAUGCUCAGAACCUUUCCCAGGAAACUCAAGGUUCAAUUUUUCAUAGUCCAAAUCCUAUUGUCCACAGUCAGACUUCCACAGCAUCCUCUGAACAACUGCAGCCUUCAAUGUUUCACUCUCAGAAUACCAUUUCUGUGUUACAGGGCUCUUCAGUUCCUCAAGACCAACAGUCACCCAACAUAUUUCUUUCCCAAAGUUCUAUCAAUAAUCUUCAAAGUAACACAGUAGCCCAAGAAGAGCAGAUUUCAUUUUUUGCAGCACAGAACUCAAUUUCUCCACUUCAGUCAACAUCAAACACCGAGCAGCAAGCUGCUUUCCAACAGCAGCCUCCAAUAUCACACAUCCAGACCCCUAUUCUUUCCCAGGAACAGGCACAACCCUCUCAGCCAGGGUUAUUUCAGCCUCAGGUGGCCCUUGGCUCCCUGCCUCCUAAUCCAAUGCCUCAAAACCAGCAAGGCCCAAUUUUCCAAACACAGCGUCCAAUAGUUGGCAUGCAGAGUAACUCUCCAUCCCAGGAGCAGCAGCAGCAACAACAACAACAGCAGCAGCAGCAGCAGCAACAGCAGCAACAGAGCAUUUUAUUCAGUAAUCAGAAUGCCAUGGCUACAAUGGCCUCCCAGAAGCAGCCACCACCAAACAUGAUGUUUAGCCCAAACCAGAACCCAAUGGCUAGUCAGGAGCAGCAGAACCAGUCAAUUUUUCACCAGCAAAGUAAUAUGGCCCCAAUGAACCAAGAGCAGCAGCCCAUGCAAUUUCAGAAUCAGCCUACGGUUUCCUCACUUCAGAACCCAGGCCCUACGCAAUCUGAGUCACCACAGACCUCCUUGUUCCAUAGCUCUCCUCAGAUCCAGUUGGUUCAAGGGUCACCUAGUUCUCAAGAGCAGCAAGUAACACUCUUCCUCUCUCCAGCAUCCAUGUCUGCACUGCAAACCAGUAUAAACCAACCAGACAUGCAGCAGUCUCCUCUCUAUUCCCCGCAGAACAACAUCCCUGGAAUCCAAGGAAGCACUUCUUCACCCCAGCCACAGGCUACUUUAUUUCACAACACUACAGGAGGCACAAUAAACCAAAUACAAAAUUCUCCUGGCUCAUCUCAGCAGACUUCAGGAAUGUUCUUAUUUGGCAUUCAAAAUAAUUGUAGUCAGCUUUUAACCUCCGGACCAGCUACAUUGCCAGAUCAGCUGAUGGCCAUAAAUCAGCCAGGCCAACCACAAAAUGAGGGCCAAUCUUCUGUGACAACACUUCUUUCUCAGCAAAUGCCAGAGACUUCCCCACUGGCCUCCUCUGUGAACAGCAGUCAGAACAUGGAAAAGAUUGAUUUGCUUGUUUCAUUGCAAAGCCAAGGGAACAAUUUAACUGGCUCCUUUUAGUGAGAUAAAUUCCAUGAAGAAUGUAACGGUGAUUCCAAGAUGUCCUGAGAACUGUGGUUCCAUGAAGAUUAAUGAACUCUUAUGAAGAACUAUGUCUGAGUAAAUGGAUAGAUUUCCUGGCUGUAAGAGUACACCCAUGCUGCCUGUUGCAGUGAUUUGCCACCAAUGUGCUUUUUGUUUCUAAUAACAGUGAUGACUGAGAGCUUGUUUGAUUUUCCAGCUGACAGCAUUGUUGCUUGUGUCCUCUGUUUUUAACUGCAAGGCUGGGCCUCUCAGUUAUUAUUGCUAUUAGGAAAUCAUAUUUGUCAUGUUUACUUACAUUUUACUUCCUUUCCUGCAUUAUUUUAAUCAAGUAGUGGCUUAGGACAACGUAAAGUCCAGUAGUGACUAAGGCUGUGCUUUUGUUGAUAUAAAAAACAUGGCUGUUGGCCAAAGUGAAGGAGUUUCUUUUAGUUUUCGUGGAGAAGCUGAAGGAGUAAUUUAGUUGUAGUAAGAGCUCAGCAGAUACGAGGACUCCUCCUCACACACACAAGCAGAUGACAUGCUUGCAAAACUGGGUACAGCUGGUAUGUUACUGAGUUCAUUUUUCAGAGAGUUGUUAGUUCUCUGUAUUUCUACUAAGGGAUUUAGCCAUAACUGCAUAAAAAUAUUUUGUUCUAUGAAAAUGAAUGGGGUGAUAUAUGACGUGUUACAUUCUCAUAUUCUCCUCCGGUAGCUUAAACUGACAGUACUUUGAGCCUGUUGUCUUCUUGCCCAGCGUCAGGCUAGUAUUCCCUUCUUAUGUGCAUCACCUAUAUUGUCCGCAUUUUUAAUUCAUAGCUUUAUUAAUAUUCUACUGACUUUCUGACCCUGUAGGAAUUAGAGAGGGCAGCCACAUUGACCCAGUGAGCUGGCAGUCAGCAGCGCAGGCCAGGAAUACUCUGUUAGGAGUUAGUGGGAUUUGAUUCCUGGGAAAAACAAUUCUCUUUUUUUCUUCCAUGAACGGUGCUGUUCUGAAGUCUUCAAAUUUUUCCCUCUGCUGACAAAUAGCAGUAUACAUUUAAUUUUACACACAAGGCAAACAAACAUUUCUCAAACUAUUACUUCUCCCCAAGCUGCAGUGACUAUGUACAUGUCACCUCAGUGCUUUACAGUUGAAGUGGUCACUUACGUGAUGGUUCCCACAGCCUGGGCUCUACAGGGUCAGAUCAUUGAUUUAAAAGGAAGAGUUAAGGUGUUGCAUCUACAGAGAGCAAAAUUACACACUCCAGAACUUGCACUUGUAGCAUUACUUGUAGAGUUUUGGGUGUCCUUGACACCCGUGGGGUGCCUGCUUCUCACUACCGCCUACAUCUGGACACGUGCUUAUGUCUUGUUUAUCUUUGGCAUGUGGAAAGUGUCGAUGCAGCGUUACCCCAUCAUGUAUGCCGCUUCUCUAUGUUGACAUGCUUUGGCUUCCUGUUAAUUCUUUUACUUUCUAAGCUUUUAAAAAUUAGCCAGUUCAUGGUUGUUGCCUUUUUCUUUAGUUUUCCUUUCAGUUUUUCUCCCCUGUCCUCCACAUGUGUUGAACUGUGUGGAGCUUGGUGUUGGUUUAGUUUAUAUGGCCAGAUCCCGCUUUGGGACUCUUCCUUUGUCAUUUGACUGUGGUUCUUGUCGUUUGUUUCUUCUCUUUAUCCUUCUCCCUCUGCCCUGGUCCUUCCUUUCUCUCUCUGAGAGGCAUUGGAUUACGUUUUCAGUAGUACAGGCUUCUUGCCAAUAUGAAGGGAACUUUCCAGAAAGAGACCUACUCUGGUCAUUUAAUUUUGAAAACAGUUUUCAAUCGUUCAAGUUUUGGAUGGUUUAUAUCUAAUGUGUGUUUCAUUUUUUUGGAAAGCUAUAUUUUAUAUUUAGGAAAUGGUAUACUAUUUUGCUAUUUGUACUAAGUGAGUACAUUGGCAUAAAUAUAGAAAUUUAUAUAUAUAUAUAUAUAUACAUAUAUAAACUAUUCUUUUUUGCCACACAUUUUUGUGGUAAAUUUGUGAGUUUGUCUGAUGUUCUACCACAACGUGGCGUCUGAUAACAGUGAGGGGGGUUUGUUAUGUCUUUCUUGAGUAUUUAAGCACCUUUUGAAGCAAAUGGCCUGUUUAUCUAUAGCCAUUCCAUCAGGCAGUUCCUCGAUGUUACUAGGGAGCUGAAGGCGACUGACUGUGUGUUUGCUGGAUCUUUCACUCAGCGAGAUGUUAAAGCAUAAGGAAAUUCAUUUGAGGCAGUGUGUCAAAUGGUGUUUGACAAGAAUGAGCCACUCUGUCUUUGUUCACUAUAUAUUUAAUAUUUUAUUAUUGUUGUUGUUGUUAUUAAUUGGCUUUCUGUAUUCUAUGCCUUUUAUUUAUAAAGACACUAAAAAAAACCAUGUUUGUAAUUUUAAUAACAUUUCCCCAUCUUUUAAUAUCCAGAGCUACUUUAUAAAUUCUCUAAACCAAAAGUAUUUCCUCAAUAUCUCCUUUCUCCCCCCAGUUCCUAUAGGGAAAAAUCACCCAACAUAGUUCGGGUUACAAGAAGGGUCAGCCACACAAUUCAGUGCUUCAGUUUUAAAAAGUAAAACAGACACUAGAGUGUUGCCUGGAGCAUCAUAGAAAGCAGACCUAGCAGAUGUUAGGAAAAACAGAAGUCAAAGUUUAAAAACCACAUUUACUUCUGAGUUUUCUGAAUUACUUUGUGAGAUCAUGUAGAAGACUCAGGAAAUCUGUUUGUUCACCAAGAUCAAGUUAGAAUGUUUGACACUGCCAUGCCGGGAAUGUCGUGGCAGCAGGAAGCCUGGCUUGUGUGGUGGCUUCUGGUCGUUCUGGACUAGCAGCUUAUCCUUAUAAAAUGCUGAUUGGCAAUGCCAAGUCACCGGGACCAAUUUCUGUUUUAUAAUGUUUAAGUUUAGAACAGAACAUCACCUGAACUGUAGUGCUUUGAGAGGAUGGAGGUGGAAACCCCCAUUUUCAGUCUCAUCACUUCUGUGGUUAUUUAUACAAGGGCUGUGCUGUGCUACCAUAUUCCUGCUCGAAUAUGAUGGAGUUUGUUUGUUUUCUUACAUUGUUAAAUGUUCCUUGCCCCUAAAGGUCCAUGUUAAGAACAAUGUUCUGAAUAUAUGAUUUGGUUACAAAAAGUAUGUCUUCUUAUUGAAGAGUUAGCUCAGUGGUUGAUAUUUGUGCUAAGAAUGCAGCUUCCCAGUUACUGUUACAAGUUACAGCCGCCAAUGGGAAGACUCGAUAAGCCAGCAAAGGCCUUGGAAAUCAUGAUUUAUUAAAUUUAUAUCUGGCAGAAGGACCUAAAUAAACUGUGAACUACAUUUUAUUCCUUUGUUACAUUUGACUCUUGCUUUCAGCAAUUCACAGAAAUGCUUGGAGCGUUCUCUCUCUCUCUCUCUCUCUCUCUCUCUCUCUCUCUCUCUCUCUC